AUGGAGUCCACGACCGACUACCGCAUGCUGGCCACGCACAGCGAGGGCCUCUACUUUCUGACCCCGAGCCGCGACGACGAUCUGUACCGCCGCUUCGUCGAGCUGGCGGCCGGGCAGCCGGCCCGCCCCGAGUCCGUCCAGGUGGCCAUGGGCCGCGAGCUGGCGCUGACGGAGGUCGCCGGGCCCCUGGUCCACGCGCGCUUCGAGGACCUGUGCGGCCGCCCGCUGGGCGCGGCCGACUUCAUUGCCCUGGCGCAGGCCAAGCACACGCUGCUCCUGCGCGGCGUGCCCGUCUUCACGGGCGCCAGCCGCUCGCAGGCCUAUCGCUUCGUCACGCUCAUCGACGUGCUGUACGAGCACCGCACGCGCCUCCUCUGCUCCGCGGAGGCCACCCCCUCGGACCUCUUUGCCAACGUGGUCACCGUGGCGGCGGCCGCGGAGGCCAGGCGCAAGGGCCGCCCGCCCGGCCCGGAGCAGGCGAGCGGCCGGCGCGAGUGUGGCUGUUGUUGUGUGGUGGACGACAACCUGGGGUUUGCCAAAGACCGCACCAUCUCUCGCCUGCUGGAGAUGCAGAGCGGGGAGUACCUGGAGGCGCAUGCCAAGUCCCAUGCCCCCCACCUCCUGCUGGCCAUCCAGGAGCAGCGGCGCAAGGAGGAGGCCCGAGAGGCGGGGCUGGGGCGGGCGGCGGGCGAUUCGGGAUAG